AUGUAUCACGCAGGCACGUUGCAUUUCGACUCGGCUAUCGGCUUCGAUGCCUCUAGCAUUCUUACCGAUGCAGAAGUUGCUGAAGAACUCAACAUAACCCCAAAACAGGCUCGAGAAGACAACAUGACAUUCAAGGAGAAGGUUAAUUUAUAUCAUGAAGAUUCCCAAAAUAUGAUGGAAUUAGAACAUAAAGCCGAUAAUGCCGCCGCUAUGGGAAACAUCGAAUUAGCGCACCAUCUACGUUCUCAGAUAGAACAACUACCGACAUCAUUGAAACGUCAGCUAACCACCAGCAGAAUGACCGGUAUGCACAUGACACAAAAUUCUGCCGCUACGCUAAAUGACAUUAAGAAAUAUACACCAUAUACUCUGCAUGGACAAAUACGUUUUGCACACGUGAACGCCGUUUAUAACGGAACGGUCUUGCACUCGAAGGUUGUAGAUUGGCAGAAACGGGAAACGGUGAAAUGGUAG